GGACAUGAAAAGUCGUACAUUCAUGACCCAUCCCUCAUGUCACCCGAAUGGUCUGCCCCGCCGCGUCUGGCGCUCGUGCUCGACGUCGGAUGGGACGAGAGAGUGCGCCUGCACCGCUUCACUGCUGUCGCGAUCGGCCAGCGUCGUCAAGGAGCAGCAGCUGCAGAGUCCGAUAACGCACCAAGCGUCCCGAUCGCAGGGCCAAGCAGGGGCGGUGCGGCCCCGCCUCCCCUUGCGAUCUCAGUCACGCCAGAGUGGCCUCUCGAGCAUUCGUAUUGCUACGUCUUCAAGCGGCCUGCGGUAUUCUACUGCCUCCCUUCGCAGGCUCCUGCAUCCGCCAUCUGGUCGACCGAUGCCGCCAGCCUGGAGUUGCUCAAGAGCCAGCUUGCUCCUCCCCGAGAUCCAUUCGCGGCGCACGCAGACGCACAGUCCCCAAAUCCAGACACACGCCAUGACGCGCGGAUGCGCACCGGCUCGGUCAAGUUCUUUGCGCGAGUGUCGGCUCUGACCCCGGUUCACGUCGCGGCGGACGGCAGCGGCGCACGCGCGGGUGCGGAGCACGCAAUAGACUUCGCUGCUGAGCGCGCAUGGUUCGAUGAGUGCGUCAAGGCUGCCAGACGCCACGACCUGGAUGAUGGGCGCUGGUGGACAGGUGCUGCGUUCGGUGAUGGCUACGACGGCGCAGAUGGUAAGGAGGAUGAGGAACUGUCAGAUAGCUAUCGCGGCGAUGAUUAUGAAGAAUGGGAGCGUCAGCAGGAACGGGAUCGGUCGCUCACGCUGUCGACGGGGUCGCGAAGGGAAGAGGGGGCACAGGAUACGGGUCUCGAAGGGCUUGACGAGAUUGUUGCAUUGGAAUAG